AUGCGUUUCACCUCUGCCCAGACCGCUGCCGUGGCUUUAUUGUCCACUCCAGUUCUUGGUCAUCCUCACCCUGCUACCUCAAACAAGUCUCCCAAGGAAGUCCAGAGAAGAGAUGUCGAUCUUACUGCGUUCAGAUUGGGAGUCGGAAGUCAAUAUGCUACCAGCCUCAACCUCACUGAGUCAACUCCCGAGCUGAGAGCCAUCGUUGAGCCUGCUUACACUGAAACGGCCACUGCUUUGGUGAAGAAGGUCGCCCCAAAUGCUGAGUUCCGUUUGGCCUCUAGCUACGAAUCAGGAAAUGGUAUUGGACAUGUUGUUUUCAAGCAGACUCUCCACGGUAUCGACAUUGACACAGCUGAUUUCAACGUCAACGUCAAGGAUGGACAGGUUUUCUCUUUUGGAAACUCAUUCUAUACUGGGGCUCUUCCUACAGAAAAUCCAUGUAAGGAGCUUUCCUGAUCGGGGCCUAAAUGAGUUUACUUUGCUAAAAGUCUUUAGUGGUUAAGCGAGACCAAGUCGAUCCUGUAGCAGCGUUGCAAGCAGCUUGCAACACUCUCCAAAUUCCAGUGGUAGCAGAUGCAGCCCAAGCUGUGCCAGAAGAGGAGACUGAACACUAUGUUAUCACCGGAUCUUCAGGUGCACUUUCAGACCCCAAAGCGAAAUUGAUUUACGUUCAAGAUGGAGAGUCUCUCGCUCUCUCAUGGAGACUUGAGACCGAUAUCGGUGACAACUGGUUACUCUCUUUCGUCGAUGCCAAGGCCCCUGAGAAGGUUUUCCAUGUCGUUGACUACGUCGCUGAGGCAACUUACAACGUUUAGUAAGUACCAUGUCUCGAGUCUUCUGGCAUUCUUACUAAUUUACUAUCAAUAGCCCAUGGGGAGUCAACGACCCUUCAAAAGGAUCUCGUGUGAUUGAGACCGACCCUUGGGAUAACAGAUCCUCCGAGUUCACUUGGCAAGGAACUGGCUCUACUACCUUCAACACCACCAGAGGAAACAACGGUAAUGCUCAGGUCAACUACGAGGGCGAUACUGCAUGGAUUAACGAUUACCGUCCUGUUCAAGCUUCUGCAAACUUCGACUACCCAUACAGUCCCAGCACUGUCGAUCCCCAAUCGUAUGCUGAUGCUUCCGUCACUCAGAUCUUUUACACUUCAAACGUGUACCAUGAUUUGCUCUACGUUCUCGGCUUUGAUGAAGUAGCCGGAAAUUUCGAAGUGAACAACAACGGUCAAGGUGGUGCUGGAAACGAUGCCGUCACUUUGAACUCCCAAGAUGGAUCUGGAACAAACAACGCCAACUUUGCAACCCCUGUUGAUGGUCAGGUACCAAGAAUGCGCAUGUACCUUUGGGAUGCUGCCACUCCAGUACGCGACUGCAGCUUCGAUGCUGGUGUUGUCAUUCACGAGUACACCCACGGUCUCUCUAACCGUCUUACUGGAGGACCAGCCAACUCUGGAUGCUUGUCUACCACUGAGGCUGGUGGAAUGGGUGAAGGUUGGAGUGACUUCAUGGCUGUUGCCGUCCACGUGAAGACCACUGACACCAGAGCCACCAAUACUCCAAUGGGCGACUGGGUCUACAACAACCCCGCUGGAAUCCGAAGAUAUGUCUACUCUACUUCCAUGACCACCAACCCAUUGGUCUACUCUACUGCUAACGGAUCUACCCUUGUUCACUUUAUCGGCACCAUCUGGGCCACUAUGCUCUAUGAGUUGAUGUGGAACUUGAUUGAGGCCCAUGGUAUCAACAGCGAUAGACAACCAACUUACGUCAAUGGUGUACCAAAUGAUGGAAGAUUCCUAGCUAUGCAAUUGGUAGUUGAUGGCAUGAAACUGUAAGUUCUAAAACACCUACUCCGUACUUGAGACUUAAAUACUAACGUUUCCCUAGCCAACCUUGCCGUCCAAACUUCCUCUCUGCUCGUGAUGCAAUUGUCGAUGCCGACGUGGCCCUUACCGGUGGUGCCAAUGCUUGCAGCAUCUGGAAGGCCUUUGCUAAGCGUGGUCUCGGAGCCAAUGCUAGCAGAUCUUCCAACGCCAAUGACAACAACUCCCGAGUUGACAGCUACGAUCUUCCAGAGGGAUUGUCAUGCUAA